AUGAAUUUUUUUAAGAAGAAAAAAAAUGAUUCCAUUAAUAAAAGGAACGCAUUCAUACAAAAUAGUAUGAUUACAAAAAAUAAAAAUGAUAACAUAAAAAAUGAUGAUAUAUUUAAAGAUAAAAAUGUAGGACUGUUGAAACAUGAAGAAAGAAAUUUAGAAAAGGAAGGAAAAAAUUAUAGUAGAAAGGAACUAGAAGAAAGUGUAAAUUCAUUUUUAGAUAACAGUUAUAAAGAAAAUGUUAAAACAUAUUCAGAAAAUAAAAUAGAAAUUAAUAAAUCUAACACUGAUAAAAUAUUAAAAAUUGAUAAUAAUAAUAAUAAUAAUAAUAUGAAUGACGAAAUAAAAGAAUAUAUGCAUAAUUCUUGUAAUAGUGAUUAUGGUAUGGAGAAUUAUAAUGAACAUAUGAAAAAUCAGCAUAUAUCAAAAAAUAUAAGUGAUUCAUCUAUAAUACAUUCGAAGGAAACCUCAGUAACUUUAUUAAAUAAUCAGAUAGAGAAUAGUAUUAAAAAAAAAGAAUCCAAGCAUAACCUUACAACUAGUCAUCAUCAUCAUAAUAAUAAUAAUAAUAAAUCUUAUAUUACUAACAAUGAUGAUAUAAUAUUAAACACUCAAAAUAAUUUUAAAUCAAAAAAUACAGUAGACAAUUCUUUACAGCAUAGUGAUAAAAUCAAUAUAGUCAAAGAUAAUAAAAAUGAUAAUAUAACAAAUGAUAUAUAUAAUUAUUAUAAUAGCAGAACGUCUCUUAAAAAAAAUGAAAAUAAACAUAAUCAAAGCAACUUUAUUGAAAAUAAAUAUAAUUCUAUAAAUGAUCGUGAUAUGAGUACAUUAAAAUUUUCUACAAAAUAUAGUCAUAAAGAUAUUCAUAUAAUAAAUAAAAAUGAUACUAAAAUAUAUAAGGAUACUAAUUUGUCUAGUGAGAAAGAUAUAUAUGUUAAAGAAAAAGAAGAAGAUGUAAAACAAAUGAAUCAUUUGAAUGACAGUAUCGAAUUCAAAAAAAAUAAUCAUCAUAUUAAUAAAACACAUAUAUUGAAUAGUUCAAAUAUUUAUGAAACAGAAGAAAAUGAAAAACAAAGAUGUCAUAAUAAUAUAGGACAGUUAAUAAAUUCAAGACAUAGUAACACGAAUUAUUUAAUUUCUGUAAAUAAUAUAAACGAUACUAACAAAACAAACCAAAUAGAUAAUAUAUCCAUAAGUAAUAAUUUAAAUACAUAUCAGUUUAAUGAAUCGAGAGGGAACAUAACUUAUAGUAAUAGUAACAUAAAUGAAAAAUCUAAUUUUUAUAAGGAUUCAAAAAAAAAUAAUAUAUAUUCUGAAUAUCAUAAUAAUGUUUUAAAUGAAUCACAGCUAAAUAUAGAUAUAUCAAAUAAAAAUAUUCAUAUAAAUAAUAAUUCUUCUCUUAUUCAAUCAAAAAAUAAAAAAAAUUCGAGAAUCCAUAAUUCACAAUUAGAAGAACCCGAUGAACUGAAAACUAACCAUUUAGACGAUUUAACAAUCAAUCAAGUAAAUCAAAACGAAAACAUAAAAAAUAAAAAGGAUUUUAUAAAUAAAAGAAAUAGUAUAAUAGAUUCAAAAAUGUAUAUGAAUAACAUAUCUGAAAAUAUGUAUCAAUCAAAAAAUAGUAAUACAAAUAAUUGGUCAAUAAAUCAAAGUGUUAAUAAUCAAAAUAUUUCUUAUAGAAAUGAUAAAAGUAUAAAUAGAACAUCUAUCAAUAAUAUUAUUACUAAUGAUAAUACAAUGGAAAUACAUAAUUUAGAACAUACAAAUGAUAAGAUAAUAAAAAAUGUAGAUACAUAUACUAUAGAACAUCAAAAUGACAUAACAAAUUCAAACAUGAAAUAUUCCUUACAAAAUGUAUUAGAUAAUUCUAUAUCAUAUAAUAAUAAUAAUAAUAAUAAUAAUGAUGAUGAUGAUGAUUCCAAAAAGGAAAAUUUCCAUUUAUCAAAUAGUUCAACUAGCCAGAAAACUGAUUCACAUGAAAUAAUACAUAAUAAUAAUUUUUCACAUGCAAAUAACAAUUUAAUAAAUUCAACAAAUAGUGACAUAGAACUACUAUUAAAUGAUUUGUCCGAAUCAAGCAAUAGUUUAUUAAAUUCUCAAAUAAAAAGUCAACUUUGUAAUUCAAAACAUUUUUUAACAUCUCAGAAUGUUGAUAAUUCAAAAUUAAGUUAUUUAUUAGAAUCAAAUCAAAAUAUAAAUGAAGAACUAAAUAAUGGCAUAGGAAAAUACACAGAAGAAAUAUCAGAACAAAAUAACGAUAUCUCUCAUAAAACAUAUAAUGAAAAUUCUUUGCCUUUUAAUAAAUAUAAAACAAAAAAUAUGGAACAUAUAAAAUAUGAUUAUAUUAUAGAAAAAAAUAAUCACCAUUUAAAUAAAAGUGAAAAUUUACCUAGAACAAAAAGUAUAAUAGAUAUUAAUUAUAUAAAAUAUAAAACAUGUGUAUAUAAAGAGGAAGAAAAUAUGAAAAGGAAAGAACAACGAGAAGAGAAACAUAUAGAAUCUGGACAAGCAAAUUUAUUAUAUGAAUUUGAAAGAGGUAUUAAGAAAAAUAUGAAAAAUAUAAAAAAAGAUGAAAUGUAUAAAUAUGAUAUGUUAGAAAAUUUAUCUAAUAAAAAUAUGAAAUAUGUAAAUGAUAUUAAUAAAGACAAUAAUGUGAAUCAUAAUAAUGAUGUUAAUAAUAAUUAUUAUUAUAAGGAAAAAAAAAUAAAUGAAGGGAUUUUAAAAGAUAACAAUUCAAGUGGUUCUUUAUCAAACAUUUCUCAUUUCACACAAGAAAAUAAUUUUACAUACCACAAAAAAGAAACAAAAAAUAGUAGUAAUAAUAAUAAUAAUAGGAAUAUGAGUAAGGAUCAUUUUAAUUAUUAUACAAAUAAAGAAGAACAUAAUAAUGAUUCCUUAGAUUUUUCAAUCCAUCGUGAAGAUAAUAUAAAUAUAUUAAAUAAUAAUAAUAAUUCACAACAAAAUUUACAAGAAUAUGAUCUUGAAAAUUCUGGAAACCUAAAUGUAUCUUCAAUUAAUAAAUCAAAAGGGCAAUUAGAUAAAAAUAUAAAUUAUAUGAAGAAAUUAACUAUGAAUAAUAAUUAUGUAAAUACAGAUUUACAAAUAUCUUAUAUGGAAAAUGAACUUCAAAAAAAAAUAAAAGAUUUUGAUAAAUCAUUAGGAACAAUAUUUGAAGACAAAUGUAAUUUAAUUCUUAAUCGUAUUGAAAAAUUGUUAUCAUACGAAUGGUUUAAUGAUGAUCAAUAA